AUGGAGGAUAUCCUUGGCAAAGACCAUGCAGUUACUCCAAUGUGUCUUCUGUUUAGUGCUUCUACAUCAACAGGUAAAACUUCUGAAGAAAUCCAACCCACUCCUAGUAAGAGAAAGCAUGAAUCAGAUUCAGAUGUAGAGAAUAGUACAGCUUCAUCAUCAUCAUGUACAAGUCAAAAGAAAAAGCAACAAACACAGUCAUCAGAAGUUAUUGAGUUUUUAAGCACAUGUGAGCAGAAACAAGAGAAAAAAUACAAGAAGGAAAUGGAGCAGUGA